UCAGCUGAAUCGACGGUGGUUCUUCGUUGUAAAUUAUUAGCGAUGUUUCUCAAGGCCGGAUGUCUCGCGAUAACGGCGGCGAUCACCGUGGUCGCCGUUCUCGCGGCGACCGAAGAGGAGGUCAUUGUCAUCGAGGAAGAGCCGCUGCUGUUCUCUACGAGCAUCAAAUGGACCGGAGGACCCUUCGAAUGGCCUUGUCCGACGACGAAGAACAUGUUCAAGAGCAGCGGUCGGUACAUCCCGAAGAACGUGAUCGCGACCAGGGUUGCGAUCCACAAGGACCACGCCAUUGUUGCUCUCCCGAGGUUCAAGUCCGGAGUACCAGCAACCCUGGCCAAGGUCUCCCUGAAGGACCCCCAUUGCCAAGCCAGCUUGAUUCCCUAUCCUUGCUGGUCCGUGCAAGAAGAGGGAACCUGCACCGCUCUGCAGAACGUUGUGGACAUCUAUCUGGACCCUCAAAACAUCCUCUGGGUGCUGGACACCGGUGUCGUGAACACUCUGGAGGAGCCAAUCAGAAAAUGUCCGCCGAAGGUUCUGGCGUUCAACGUCGUCACCGGAAAGCUGGUGAAGACGGUGGAUCUGACCGGUCUGACGAGUCCGUCGUCGAGGCUCCAGUACGUGGUGGCGGACUACAGUCCGGACGGCCGUGUGUUCAUCUACGCGUCCGACGCUGCGACAAGAGCAAUCCUCGUCUACGAAGUGACGUCAGGUCUUGGCUAUCGCGUCGUCCUCCCGCAGGCCGUUACUAUGGGCUGUACCCGACGGGACGUGUUGUACCUCGCCCUUCUGCGUCGCUCCGACGGAAGCACCUGCUUGCUAUUCACCUACUUGAGCAGCAGUCGUCUGUUCUCCGUCAGAACCGAGCACUUGAGAAACGGCUCCGUGAACGGGCGUAUACACGACCUCGGCCCGAAACCGAGGAAAAUGGUGCUCCUGGGCACCGACAACGGCAGCGCCAUCUUCUUCCGUUACGAGGGCGAGUCCGACGUCUACCGGUGGGACGCCAGCAACCCGUUCGUCCCCAAGAUGUUCCAGUUGGUCUACACAAGCCCGGAGUGCAACCUUGCUACUCACGUCGCCGCGGACUAUCACAGAGGCAGGAUGCGCGUAUUGGAGUCCAACUUCCCCGAUUACAUGCAGGGAACCGUCGGCUGCGGGGCCAAUCAGGCGCUUAGUCUCAUGUAGCUUUUUUUAUAAAUUCAUCUUCUUCGUUGAA